UGAUAAUCUUCAAGAUACUAAAAGCAUGAACGGCCUUGUGUUGUCUCAGAGUUGCGACCUGUCUCUACCCUGCUGUGCAGACAGGGGGGCAUUGUUGAGUGCUAAAGCCCUUCCGGUCAGUGGGGUCAGAGUUCAGCUGGAGAUGCAGGCACUUUGGCAGCAGUUUAACCAGCUGGGUACAGAGAUGAUCGUUACUAAAUCUGGACGGAGGAUGUUUCCAACAUUUCAAGUACGAAUCUCUGGGAUGGAUCCCUCUGCUGAAUAUGUUCUGCUCAUGGACUUCAUUCCUGUUGAUGACAAAAGAUACCGAUAUGCGUUCCACAGCUCUUCCUGGUUGAUCGCAGGACGGGCAGAUGUUGCAGCUCCAAGCAGGAUGCACUUCCACCCAGACUCUCCUGCUCCUGGAGCCCAGUGGAUGAAGCAGACUGUGUCCUUUGACACUCUCAAGCUCACCAACAACUUGCUGGAUGACAACGGACAUAUGAUACUGAACUCGAUGCAUCGCUACCAGCCGCGCUUCCAUGUGGUGUAUGUAGAUCCAGCUCCUAACAGCCAUUUAAAUGCAUACAAGAACUUCUGCUCUUUCUCUUUUCCUGAGACACAGUUCAUGGCUGUUACUGCUUAUCAGAACCACAGGAUCACUCAGCUAAAAAUUGCGAGCAAUCCAUUUGCAAAAGGCUUCAGGACUACAGACGCACAGGGAUGGGAUAAUAAUACAAGCCCCCUGGCUGUGUGCUGUCCACCAGAGGGCAGAGUUGAGGCCUUCAUCCCCAAACAAGGAGAAAGGGGCUCAAAAACAUCAACCAGACAGAAAAGCCCAGCCCCACAGCUGGCGGAGCAGUGUGAGCUAUUCUUCCACGGGAAAGACAUUAUGGGGCCUGCCGUGCAGAGAAAAGACGGGGAGAGUUUAUUAAUACCUGCCCCUUGCUUUCAUAUCACCUCUUACUGGGACUGUGCAGGGUCCUCUCAAGAGAGAAUGGACCUGUGAUAGAGCAAGCAGAUAUUACACAGAUUUAUAAGUGUGCUUAUGGUAAAUGUAGUUAGUGUGGUCUGCUUUACAAAAUUAAGUUAUAAGAAUCCUAUAAAUUAUGCAACAGUACCACCGAACCAUGAUGUGGAUGUCUAAAUGAUAGAUGCAUGAUCACAUUCACUAUUAAUAACAGUACUGCAUAGCCACAGAAGUGAAGUUUAAUAGAUCAUAGCACAGUAAAAUAACUCAGCAUACACUUAGAAGUGAAAAUAAAUAUAUCCCAAAUAUAAGUCUUGACAGAAUAUGAUUAAAUGAAGUAAUAAAAUCUAGUGUUGGUGUAUCGUCACAACAAUUUUGCAGCUGUAAUACAUUGGGUUGAUCUUUGUGGCAAUAAAACGCCAUCAUGAAAUAAUAGGUGUUCAGAAAAUGCAUUUA